CAGUGGAGUGGUGCCGACUGUACAGUAUGAGAAGACAUAACAGGUACGACUUGUCGGCUACAGGACAAUUUCACUUUCUGACAGCUCUCGCAGGACAUCAUAUUUGAAGUAGUUACAUUUAUCAAAGGAAAGCAUCUGACGUUCGCCCGUUUAUUAUUCCUUUGUGGGUGUUUCUGAACAGUGUCAACUAUUUUUAGGAUACUGCAUGUUCAUAUGCAGAAUGGAUAAAGGUAUCUUCGUCGGAGUACUAUAACCAAUGGAAAAAGACCGGCACUUGCCGUCUGAUGUUAGUUUUACAGCUGACCUCCAACAAUCUGGAUACAUCUUGUUUUACAUUAUCGAGUGUGAAAUAUUAAUCAAUGGAAUCAAUCGGGAAGUUUGAGUUCAACAGGAAAGAUCUGAUUGGUCAUGGUGCCUUUGCGGUGGUGUUCAAAGGCAGACAUAAAGAGAAACAUCAUUUGGAAGUAGCUGUCAAGUGCAUCAACAAGAAAAACUUGUCCAAAUCACAAUCUCUCUUGGGAAAAGAGAUAAAGAUACUAAAGGAACUGAAACAUAAGAACAUUGUUGGACUUCUUGACUUUCAGGAAAUGGGAGGCUGUGUGUAUUUGGUCAUGGAGUACUGCAAUGGAGGGGACCUGGCAGAAUACCUACACUCUAAGGGCACUCUGAGUGAGGACACCAUCCGGGGUUUCCUGCAGCAGAUCGCAGGGGCCAUGAGGAUUCUGAGGAUCAAGGGUAUCUUACACAGAGACCUCAAGCCCCAGAACAUUCUGCUCUGUCACCCUGAGGGGCGCAGGUCCAGCCCCAACAACACCUGCAUUAAGAUAGCUGACUUUGGAUUUGCUCGUCACCUCCAAACGAACACUAUGGCCGCCACGCUUUGUGGCUCUCCUAUGUACAUGGCUCCUGAGGUGAUCAUGUCACAGAACUAUGAUGCCAAAGCUGACCUGUGGAGCAUCGGAACCAUCAUCUACCAGUGUUUGACUGGCAAGGCCCCGUUCCAGGCCAGCAGCCCUCAGGAGCUACGUCUCUUCUACGAGAGGAACAGGACCAUCCUGCCCAGCAUCCCUCGGGAGACGUCUGGUCACCUGAGACACCUUCUCCUGGGUUUGCUGCAGAGGAACCAUAAAGACCGCAUUGACUUUGAUGCGUUUUUCCACCACCCUUUUUUGGAGUCGAGUUCAACCACAAAAAAAUCCGCCCCGGUGCCCAUGCCAGCCUAUCGCAGCUCAGGCGCCUGCUCUGGAAGCUCAUCCAGCGGCUCCUCCAAUUCCCACCUCGCCUCCCCUCAACAUUCCAAUGAAGAGAUGCAGAGGAUCCAGGCUAAAGUCCCACCCUCCCCAACUCGGGAUGCACCUGGCUUCCAGGUGAAGGUCACGGCCAAUCACAACAGCGAGAUCGCCUCGUUUGACACGGAGGACUUUGUCAUGGUGCCUGCCCAGUUCCCCAGUGAGAUCACAUGUGACAGGGGAGAUGGGUCACCUGCCCAGGGCAGCAUGGUGGACAACGCCUGUUCCCUGCUGGCUGCUGAGGCUUUGGGGAGUUUGGGCAGGAUUCCCCCGCCCUCCCCAUCGUCACGUUGCCCCCCUAAUCCUGUUAGCCAGCCUGCUGAGUUCAGUGGGAGCAGCUACAGCCAGUCGGUGCCAGUUCCUGUCCCCACACAGAUACACAACUACCAGCGCAUGAAGCAGAACCUGCACCCUGCCGGCCUGCAUGGGUCAACCAGAGCCACUCUGUGCUGUGUCGGUAGUGGCGGAGGUGGCGGCGGUCCAGGUUGUGAUCAACCCUCGGGCCCCGCCCUGGCUCCGGGCUCCCGCAGGCUGUCAUCUGACGGCGUGGGGCCCCAGCCUCCCUGCCCACGAGUAGGUAGUGCCCCCAGGAGCUUGGAUCAGACGGGACCUCUGAGCACCAGGACAGGCCAGCUCGCAGGCAGCCCAGGCCCUGAACACUGGACAGGGCAGCUCGCAGGCAGUCCAGGCCCUGAACACUGGACAGGGCAGCUCGCAGGCAGCCCAGGCCCUGAACACUGGACAGGGCAGCUCGCAGGCAGUCCAGGCCCUGAACACUGGACAGGGCAGCUCGCAGGCAGUCCAGGCCCUGAACACUGGACAGGGCAGCUCGCAGGCAGUCCAGGCCCUGAACACUGGACAGGGCAGCUCACAGGCAGCCCAGGCCCUGAACACAGCCCUGCCUCUAUGUACAAGCUCCGGAGGAGGAGAUCAGACGCCAUUGCACCUGGCUCCCUAAGCCCCAAGUCUGCAUCUCCAUUGGAGAGGCCCCCCAGCUGUCAGACUCUGACCCCCGGGCCCCUGGCCUCCCCACAGGGCUCUCCUCUGAGGCCCACCCACACAGUCCCAGACCUGAAGACUCUGGGCCUGUCCCCUGGCAGCCAGCCCAGCCACACCAGCCGCAACACAGGGAAGAGGAAGGGCUCCUUCAAAAGGUCACUGAGUACAGGUCGUCUGUCUGACAUGCUGCUGAAGGCUGCUUUCGGAGCUCAGCUACUGGAGGGAGGGAGUGAUGACAGCCUGAACUCUGACAAGCCCAUGGACAUAGCAGCGCCACCUAGUGUUCCUAGUGCAGUAGUGUUCACUGUAGGAUCUCCAUGCAGGGAAAAAACCUCACCGAACACCACUUACACCAGGAGACUCGCAGGGGCCUGCAACAGUCCCAUCAGCUCAGGGUGGUCCUUCAGUAGCCGUCUGCUCCAGAGAGGAGCCCCCAGAGGGAGGGUGGGUCAGCGACCCUUCUCCAACCCCAUGGCUGUCUCCCCUCACAGCUGUGGCACCUUUGACCCUCCAGAACUUCCAGAGGAAACACUAAUGGGGAUGGAUCACACGGAUGGUCUGAGCAACCUGCAGUUUACCCUGGCUUUCGUCCACUGUGUCAUAGAGAUCGCCUGUUCCAAGGACCCAGCGCUGGACGCCAGCGACGCCCCAGACGUCUCCUUCCUACAGCAGAGCCUGCUGGCCGAUCAGAUCAGCAUUCUGAGCCGAGAGUGGAGCUAUGCGGAGCAGCUGUUGCUGUACAUGAAGGCUGCGGAGUACCUGUCGUCUGCGUUGCACUCUGCCAUGGAGGACAUUCGACAGGGUCGACUCUUCCCCUCCUCCACAGUCAAGCAAGUGGUGAAGCAGCUGAACGAGCUCUACAAGAGCAGCGUGACUUCCUGCCGCUCACUCAGCGGCCGUCUCCAUGGUUUCCUGCUCAACAAGCAGAGGCUGAUGGACUGCCUCAGCAAUCUCACAGCGGAAAAGCUCAUCUACAGUCACACCAUGCACAUGGUCCAGUCUGCAGCGUUAGAUGAGAUGUUCCAUCACGGACAAGCGUCCAUCCAGCGCUACCUCAAAGCCCUUCUGCUCAUGGAGGGCCUGUCCCUAGUCAUCACGGAGCAGGUGGACAUCGAAAACAUCAGCAAAUGCAAGCAGUGCAUAGAGCGUCGGCUGUCCGCUCUGCAGACUACGCAGUGUGCAUGAGCUCCGCGACUGCAACCAGGGCGAAUUACGGG